AUGGACGACUUUCCUAUCGAGAUCAUCGACUGCAUUAGCUCUUUUCUCGACCAGAAUACUCUUAAGCGCACGCUGUUUGUGUCUCGCGCGUUCCAGGCCAGUGCUGAGUACCAUUCCGGUGCAUUUCGAAACUUCAUCAUCAAAUCGCCUUUUCAGCAAUCUUCCAGAUUUCGCCAACGUCUCAAGGGAGACGACGAGAAAGAUGUCUUCACCAAGUUCUUGGAUACUUAUAACGGUCACCGUUUCCGAUAUUUACGCUACGUCGAGGUCCAUACCGCUUUCCCCACGCUGAAAUAUCUUGAGGAAGACCCCGAUGAUUUUCCAUGCCGCGAAAGCCCUGAAGAACUGAUGGAGAAAGACGAGAUCUUUACGAAACAGAUCGAUCGAGUGUUCCAAACGCUCAAGUUCGUAGAUUCCCGUCAAAGUAAAGGCCAGAUUGAACUGUGUAUCGUUACUCCCGUGCAGUGGGUGGAUGCAGAUUUCUGUCACCAUCGUGUAAGCUCCGCCUGGCGAGUCCAUCUUCUGAGUCCUUCGCGCCUACCUCAACUUGAUUGCGUACGCAGCUUGACUAUUUGCAAUCCCCAAGAUAGCGAAUAUAUCAACAGCGGAAAAUUCGACGAAGAGGACUUUCGUUACGACUCAAGACUCGACUGGCGCGUGCUGUUGGAUGUGGCGAGCCGAUGCCCAAAUUUGGAAUAUCUGGGUUGCCAAACUGGUUCACGCGAGGAGACGGUAUCGCCCGAAAACAGGGAGAAGUGGCAUUUUGAGCGAGACUACGACGCAUGUAUCGCUGCUACACGAAAGGACUUCGCAGCAGCGGCACAAGAGCUUACUCUACCGGCGUCACUAAAGAAUGUGCAACUCGACUUCCUCAACCCCCUGUGGAAGCACAUAGCUGAACAACGCGGCGCUGGUCCAGAAUUUAUAGAUCCACUUCAGUACGACCCGUUCAGUACCAGCCUAAGGACACUGGCAACGAAUCUGCGACGUGUUGACCUACGUGUUAUGGCCGAUCAGACGCUCUUCUGUGGUCAGUCCUCAAUCACGUACUGGCCCAACCUCGAGUUCUUGAAUACCACCUUUCACCUACGGACACCCUCAGGCUCUUGGUACUUCCGCGGGCCGGAUGGUCAAGGCGAAAGUGACAUAGGAUACGCGAUCACAGACACUAUGCGGCCUCCUUUCAGCGAUGACAAUGACGAGGAUAUACGCUGGCAUGAUGAGCGCCGCCAAGAAUUUGCGCCUAGCGACAGCUAUGUCCCGAUGACUACUUUUCGAGCUGUGCCGAAUGAUCAUGUGAUAACGCCGUUUUUAUCUGCGUUUGCCAAAGCUGCAUCGGAAAUGCAUGCAUUGCGUGCUGCAGUGCUAUGGGCACCAAUCAACCAUAGAGCAUGGGGACUCGCAUAUACGAUACCCAACGAAAUUCGACCCUUAGAUGUAUCCUCUGGCAUCCCCCAUUCAAGUUUCCGGCAAAUCUGGUGGAGUGUAGGGGGAUGGCGGCCCAAGCCUUCACUACAUCGACUUCUGCAAGGGAUAGGCGCGACUAUGCACGGGGAAGAACUUCAUGAAUAUUGGGGCUCGGAGGAAUCGGAUGAGGGCAUGCUAUUGGGGAGGGUAUUCGAGCAGUCCUUUGCUGCCUUUCCACGACGGGAUGGCCCAGGUCCAAGAGAUCAUCUGGUGAAGGACUGGUAUUCGAGAACAAUGUCUUAG